CGGUAGAAAAAAACCCCCGAUAAUUGUUAUUGUUAGCUUGUUAGCUAGCCGACGAACUGGUGAAAUGGAGAUAUGACGGAGUUAUAACGUCUUAUUACAUGUGCAAGACUAAGUUAUUACAAACAUAAAGUGGUUUGUCUGUGGUGUGAGAUGGAGGACGGAAACAGGAAUGAUGCUGCGUCCACAUCCAAGAGCCACGCAGGCUCACUCCACCUGCAGACGCCAAAAAAUGAGGACGCCUAUGAAAUUUCCAUCCCCUAUGAGGAGGGCAACUUUGAGCAGCAGGGAUUUUUUAACCAGAGUGAUCAAAAUUUUGAUGAGUCACCGUCAUCUGCUGGACCAUCUCCAGUCAACAAUUCCUACAUGGUGAUCACCAACCUGCGGACCCAGCUGCAGAUCUCUCUGGAGAAAAACUCUUGGCUGCAGAAAAGAAUUGAGGACUUGGAAGAGGAGAGGGACUUCCUCCGCUGCCAGCUGGACCGCUUCAUCUUUUCCACAAAGAGCCAAGGACAGGAGCAGAGUCAGAGCCAAUACAGUAAUGGAUAUGAAUCAAGACGAUUUAACUGGAGGGCAAGAAGAGAGGAAGAUCGUCCUGCUGAACAACAGAAGACCGACUCUCAGCAUUUCCCCUCACGUCACUUUAUGCAGCGAAGGCCUGGUCCUCCAACUAUGGUGACUUCAAAAAACCACGUGUCCAGUCCAUUGACCAAUCAGCUUGCAUCUAUGAAUGCUCUCUUCAACUCCACACAAUCCCAAGCCAUUUUGCAAGGCCAUAGCCAUAGUACUUCCAGUACAGCCAGUGGCAGCAGUGGCAACAGUAGCAGUGCUGCAAGAUCAUCCAUGAAUGAAAUGAGUGGGCAUAGCAACGUAGGUCCAGAUUCCCUUUCACUAUUGGGAGAAUCAGAUGAGUAUCUUGAGCAGGAUGGCUACAUUGAGGAGGAGGAGGAAAUGAUAUCAGGGGAAGAUGUGAUGUCAGACGCCAUUAACAGCAACAGACAGUUAAAAAGAAGGCGGGUCUUCAGACCUCCAAGAGAGCGACAAAGAGUGAAAGAUGCUGCUGGAGUGCUUUUCCGUUACAAGAAGAUCCUACUUACAUACCAGCGACUAAAAAAUAUGUCCAAAGCCUUCCAAAUUCAUGGCGUUGACCGCAACACAGUGGCGUCUACCACACCCAUUGCUGAGCUGCUGCUAGUCGCCCCAGAGAAGGUGGCAGAGGUCGGGGAGUUCGAUCCAUCCAAGGAGAAGCUGCUGGAUUAUGCCCGGCGCUGCUACACUGCCCUGGAUGAAGAGACACUUAACAGAGUCCAAGCCCUGAAGAAAAAUAACCUGCUUCUGCCCAUCUCCUACAGGUUCAGACACUAAGGAAAGAAACAGAGAAUAAUGGGAGAUCUCUCUAAACAACAAAUGUGGUUUGAGUAGUAAAAAGAAAGGCAGUUAGGUUCUGCUGCAGCAGGCUAGCUCACCCCCAAGAAACAAUAUUAAGAUCAUUUUAUUGUUAUUAUUUAUUAUUAUUUUGCUAUCUCAGCAAUCUGGUUGUGGCCAUGUAACCUGGGACAAACCCUUCACAUGUUACUUUUACAAACAUCCUACACAUUUGUUGUUUGUCCUUCGACAAAUCUUCACUGCAGUGGGUAUUGAGGAUGUGGGGGUGCCUGCUGCAGACAGAAAGAAAAAAAAACAUGAUUCUGUUGUUGAGGCCAGGAGGGUAUGUCUGUGUGAUCCAGAUUUGGUGAAAAACAAUGUGUCUUUACCAGGAUUAUAGAAGAGACUGCUUUUUCCAGUACUUAAAUGAGCGUCUUUAGCUUACCUCAUUUAGGUCUCAGCCUUUAUUGUGCAGAGCUGCACUGUUGUUUCCUUUUCUGUUCACAAAAUCUGAAUCAGCUAGAGGUUACGAGUUCAGUGUUUUACUGUCAAGAUCAUUUCGCAGCAUGAAUGAACACCUGGUAGAUUUCAGAGGCAGGUGGAGUUUCAGGCAAUGCAUUCCUUCUAAACCAGCCAACUAUGGCAUAAAGCUUUGGUGGAACUGACCUUGGAACAAAUUAGAAUAUCUGUCAUAGAUCAGUGAAACCGCUUAGGUAUGGUAAACAUCAAUAAAUGACCACUCUGUCAUGUUAGUCAUUAAAAUAUCUUGGUCGCUUAAGGGUUAGUAAUAAUAGUAAUAUGACUUCCAGCUGGUCUUAUGUCUGCAUUACUCUGUUGUUUCACUGAGGAGUGCACCAAUCCUUUUUUGUACAUGACCUGCACUAAAUUACAGUAGAUGUCACUUCUUAUGCUUCCGAUACCGAGGCUUCUGUAAUGCAUUGUGACACUAACACAUUUUUGUAAAAUACGGUUUUGGAGCCUUUAAAAUGAUUAUUACUAUACUGGUUUUCUGUAACAUUGUGUAACUUUUGGUUCCUUGUGAAAAAUUGUGAAACAUUUUUACAGUGUCACUUACAACUUUAGCAAAAGCAGCUUACUCAUGCUGACAAAAGAUGUUUUAUUCCUUCCCAAUGCUUUCUCGAUGCCGCUGCAAGUGCAUGUGUAAAGAGAUCUUCAGUGAGCUGUAGUUUAUAGGGGUCUUUUACAUUUCAAAGCGGCACACACAUUGACUAUAAUGUACAGUAAUGUAUAGUGUGUGUUCCAGUGAAGUGAGACAGUAAGUUCUGUUAGAAUAAAACAGACUAAGUUACAGUGGAAUACUGUGACCUUUGGCUUAAAUUUUCACAUCUCAAUAACCUGUUUUCCUAACAGUGAUAAGUACUCCAAUUUGUGGAACUCAAGCCAUUUUAAUGUUUGGUUGUGGAGCUAAAGAGCAGGCAGUGAAUCUGCUGAAGAGCCUUUUAAAAGUCAUACCAGUGUGCAGUGUUUAAAUAAUGUAACGUAUUAUUCACCAAAUGUAUAGUAAGACUCAGCAUAGAUUUCAUACGAAAAUGUAGAUUUAUUUGUCUGUAAAAUUGCACAGCUCCACUGUUUAUGAUUCAUGAACUCUACUGUUAAAACAUAAUACUAAUUAAAAGAUUUCAUUUCUGACAAGUAGUGCGAACUUCUAAU